CUUGGACACUAGCUAUCCCGUGAACUGAAGUACUGAACAUGGGUUCGAGCUCAAGCCUGGCGCCAGUGGCUUCUGCGCUGCUCCUCUUGUCCUACCUCAUCGCUGGGAACAAUGGCGUUGCUGCUGCUGGAACUAGCACUAGCAGUGAUGGUCUGAAGCUGAACUACUACUCUGAGAGCUGCCCCAGAGCGGAGGAGAUCGUCAAGGAGCAGGUGAAGAGCCUCUACGAGGAGCACGGCAACACGGCGGUGUCGUGGCUCAGGGCGCUCUUCCACGACUGCACCGUCAAGUCCUGCGACGCGUCGCUGCUCCUCGAGACCGACGCCGGCGCCGGCGUCGUCUCCGAGAAGUCCUCCGCGCGGAGCUUCGGCAUGCGGAACUUCAAGUACAUCCACGCCAUCAAGACCGCCCUGGAGCGCGCGUGCCCCGGCACCGUCUCCUGCGCCGACCUGCUCGCCCUCGCCGCCCGCGACGGCGUCGCCAUGCUCGGCGGGCCCACCGACAUCCCGAUGCGCACGGGGCGGCGGGACGCCACCGAGAGCCACUACGGCGAGGUGGAGAGCUACAUCCCGAACCACAACGAGUCCGUGUCGGCGGUGCUCGACCGGUUUGCCUCCAUGGGCGUGGACGCCGAGGGCGUCGUGGCGCUCCUGGGCGCGCACUCCGUCGGCCGCGUCCACUGCUUCAACCUCGUUGCGCGGCUCUACCCGGCGGUGGACGGCACCAUCGAGCCGGCAUAUGGCACGUACCUCCGGGGCCGGUGCCCGACGGCGGACGCCAAGGAGGACACGCGCGACGUGGCGUACGCGCGGAACGACCGCGUCACCCCCAUGGUGCUCGACAACAUGUACCACAAGAACCUCCUGAAAGGCAGGGGCCUGCUGCUGGUGGACCAGAGGCUCGCCACCGACCCGCGAACCGCGCUGUUCGUGAGGAAGAUGGCGGCGGACAACACCUACUUUCACGACGUUUUCGCGGCGGCGCUGGUCAAGAUGUCGGAGAACGGCCCGCUCACCGGCGACCACGGCGAGGUCAGGAAGGACUGCAGGUUCGUCAACAAGUAAGUUAGCUAAUGGACAUCACGAUCGAUGAACUAACUCACCGAGGUACUGGCUUGUGGCUUGUGGUAAUCAUAAACGUAUACUGAAUGUGCGCGUGUCUUAGUGCUGAUUGAUGUGGCAAUAAUUCAGAAGAAAUGAAAUGAACAUGCUGCUUGUACGUACCACACACAAGUUGCAAGUUUCAGAAAAUGGCAUACACUUAGAGAAAAAACUCUGGGACACCCAGAACACACGCCAGUGUGGCAGAUAUUGAGAUAUUAAUGAAUUAUCGUGUAUUCAA